GGCGGCGAUAUAACUGGGAUUGCAGACCGCCACUCUUAGAGAUCCAAACCUGAGUCCUGGUCUUUUGCACUCCUUUCCAGACAGCAUGAGUGUCACCACCCGCUCCACCACCUUCUCCACCAACUACCGGUCUCUGGGCUCAGUCCGGCCCCCCAGCCACCGGGUCGGGCGGGCCAGCAGCGCGGCCAGCGUCUAUGCAGGCGCUGGGGGCUCGGGCUCCCGGGUCUCAGUGUCCCGCUCCACCAUCCUCCGGGGCGAUAUGGCGUCUGCGGGCCUGGCCUCAGGAAUGGCCGGGGGUCUGAGUGGAAUGGGCAGCAUCCAGACCGAGAAGGAGACCAUGCAGGACCUGAAUGACCGUCUGGCCUCCUACCUGGAGAGAGUGAGGAGCCUGGAGACGGAAAAUCGGAGGCUGGAGGGCAAGAUCCGGGAACAUCUGGAGAAGAAGGGGCCCCAGGUCAGAGACUGGGGCCAUUACUUCAAGACCAUCGAGGAGCUGAAGGCUCAGAUCUUUGCAAAUUCUGUGGACAAUGCCCGCAUCGUCCUGCAGAUUGACAAUGCUCGUCUUGCUGCUGAUGACUUUAGAGUCAAGUAUGAGACAGAGCUGGCCAUGCGUCAGUCUGUGGAGAAUGACAUCCAUGGGCUUCGCAAGGUCAUUGAUGACACCAGUAUCACUCGGCUGCAGCUGGAGACGGAAAUCGAGACUCUCAAGGAGGAGCUGAUGUUCAUGAAGAAGAACCAUGAGGAGGAAGUCAGAGGUCUUCAAGCCCAAAUUGCCAGCUCUGGGUUGACCGUGGAGGUGGAUGCGCCCAAAUCUCAGGACCUCAGCAAGAUCAUGGGGGAUAUCCGGGCCCAGUAUGACGCACUGGCUCAGAAGAACCGAGAGGAACUAGACAAGUACUGGUCCCAGCAGAUUGAGGAGACCACCACAGUAAUCACCUCACAGUCUGCUGAGGUUGGAGCUGCUGAGUCGACACUCAUGGAACUGAAGCGCACAGCCCAGUCCUUGGAGAUUGACCUGGAGUCCAUGAGAAACCUGAAGAUCAGCCUGGAGAACAGCCUGAGAGACCUGGAGGCCCGCUACGCCAUGCAGAUGGAGCAACUCAAUGGGGUCCUGCUGCACCUGGAGUCAGAGCUGGCACAAACCCGAACAGAGGGGCAACGCCAGGCCCAGGAGUAUGAGGCCCUGCUGAACAUCAAGGUGAAGCUGGAGGCUGAGAUCGCCACGUACCGCCGCCUGCUGGAAGACGGGGAGGAUUUCAAUCUCGGUGAUGCCCUGGACAGCAGCACCUCUGUGCAAACCAUCCAAAGAACCACCACUCGAAAAAUCGUGGAUGGAAAAUUAGUGUCUGAGACCAAUGACACCAAAGUGCUGAGACACUGAAGCAGCAGGAGUGGGGUGCCCUUGGGGAAAUAGCAGGCCAAUAAAAAUUCAGAGGUCACUGGACAAAA